UGAUAUCAUGAAUAUCUAAUAAGAAUGUCAGUACAGCAAGAACAUCUGCACUGAAGGCUUUCAUCAUCAACCAGAUGUUAGUACAGUAGUAUCUCAGUUCUGAAAAGACUGAUCUAACAGUCUUUGCAUUCAUAGUUGUACUGAGGACAGAAGUUUAUCCUUUAUUAGAAAGGUAUCUUACUUGGAUACACUUUGAAGUGUCAGGAUAAGUGAGAGCCACUCUGUGCCUUUACCGCUCAAAAGAUGCCUGGCAAGCACCAUGCCAAUGGUGUGCGGGCACGAAACAUCGUCUCCAAACGCCAUGUCUCCAUGCCUCUGGAAGGGCAUAUGGGUGAAGAUCUUCACAUUGAUGUGGAAAUGAUUGGAGGUGACCCUCUGCUCCACAAGAAGGCUGCUCCUCCUGGAGGUACCAUGAGCUCCUUCAGGCUGAUACGUUUCCUCUUCUAUGGCAUCACAGUGUGCCUCGCUUUCCUUCUCAUCUUGGUAACCCUCAACAACACCUGGCCCAUCAAGAGUGCUGGGCACACCACCAACUCUCUGGACCAUGUCUCAGUGGCCCUCGGAGUGCAGGAGAGAACUCAUGCUGUUGUCCUUGAUGCUGGGUCCACUGGGUCUCGGGUGUUGGCCUUCACAUUCUUCAAGAGUCGCUCAGAUAACUCACUUAAGCUUGAUGAUGAACUCUGGCAUGAGGUGAAGCCAGGGUUGUCUAGCUUUGCUGAUGAUCCUGUCAAGGGUGCUGAGUCCCUCCUCCCUCUGCUGAAGCUGGCUAAGGAGCGCAUCCCUGAACAGUACUGGAGCUCCACCCCGCUGGUCCUGAAGGCCACUGCUGGUCUGCGGCUGCUGCCUGAUGAGAAGGCUGAGGCUCUUCUAUUGGAGGUGAAGAAGGUGCUGUCCAAUUCUGGCUUCCACACCACCGAGAACUCUGUUGGCAUCAUGGAUGGCCGCGAUGAGGGAAUUUUCUCUUGGUUCACUGUGAAUUACCUAUUGGACCGUAUCACCGGGACCCCCAAGGAUACACUAGUGGCCUUGGACUUGGGUGGAGGCUCAACCCAAAUCACCUUUGUGCCAAUGGAGGAUGAUACUGUGAGAGGCACCCCAGCAGAUUAUCUUACAACCAUCUCCCUCCUGCACAAGAAUCUCAACCUUUAUACUCACAGUUACCUGGGUCUGGGCCUGAUGGCAGCACGCAAGGCCAUCCUGGUGCAGCACCGAGGUGAGGACGGCAUCAUACAUUCCCCAUGUGUCAACCCCAUUGUGGACCAUGAAUGGACCUAUGGAGGGGAGACUUACAUUAUCAGAGGUCCUGUGGUGCCCAAGUACCAGGAGGUGCGAGGACAGGCAGGGAGGCUGAGUGAGAACCGCCCUGUUGCUGAUUACAAGGAGUGUGUCAAGGCCUGCAUGACUAUCAUCAAAGAACAGGUUCAUGCACCCAAGGAGCUCAAGACAAGAGAGGUCAUUGCCUUCAGUUACUUCUUUGAUCGGGCAACAGAGAGAGGGCUAAUAGAUCCCUUCAAAGGAGGAGUUUUGACCAUGCAGGAGUUGUUGAAUGCAGCUACACAGACCUGCAGCAUCCCCAAUGUGGAGCAGCCGCUCGCCUGCCUGGACCUCACCUUCAUCACCACCUUGCUGACAUCAGGUUAUGGCCUCCAGGGAACCAACACUCUGAAGCUCUACAAGAGGAUAGAUAACCAUGAAGUCAGCUGGGCCCUGGGUCUGGCCUACCAUGUGAUAAAUAAUGGUAUAUAAGAUGAGUGUACUGUUACUUGGCACUGAAUAUUGGAUGAAUUAGUAAGAGUGUGAUUCUCAUUAAGUGUGACUUCCUUGAUAUUGUUAUGUAUUUUAGCUGCUCACAGGCAAUUGUCUUUAAAUGGAAUCACGCAUCGCUCAUCCGUAAUGAUUAGGAAGUACAUGUGAUAGCAGAAGGCAACUGUGGGAAGGUUUUAAUUAUCUAAAUUGUUGUUAUUUUAAUGAUGAAUGAACCUCCUAUAAUGAUUUUAGAAUUCAUGUGCGGAAGAACACAUUCAUAAAAAGUAUUUCCAGUUUUUACAAUCCUAUAUAUCAGUGAAAAUAUUACCAGAUUGUUAAUUAUAUAUAUUUUUAACAAUAAGUAGAACCUUAUUAGGUUUUCUGAAAGAUGCAUGCAUUUAGAAGCAUGACAAGAAGUAAUUAGUGUAAUAACUGAGUCUUGUUGGUAAUAAGAUAUCCACAGUGAAAAGCAUCAGCAGUGCCAUCAUCAUCAUCAAUAUAAUCAUCACAAACCUCACUGUCUCAUUUUUUUUUUUUUUUUUUUUUUUUUUUUUUGCUGCAUGUUUUGUGGAUAACACAGUAAGUCCAAAAUGGACAGCAAUAAUUCAAGACUCAUACAGACAGCCAGAAUGAAUGCUUCUCAAAUUCACACAGCCUCAUUGUUCUGCAGUUCUUUGUCUUAAGUACAAGUUCAUAUUACCUUUUGAAAUAUUCUCCUGUCUUGAAAGAAGGAACAAAAUAUGUUGAGGCAUGGUGUCUGUUAUCAGCCAUGUCAUCAUGUGUCUGAAAGGCACAUUCCAUGCAUAACAUGGAUCAGCCUUGAUCACCUGAUCACCAGGCUGCAAUUAGUGUGAUAUUUGUGUUUCCAAAGUCUUGUACAUCUUUAGUCUUCAAUACCUUAUCUCUUAUAAUGUCUGAUCCACCUGCAGCCAGUUUAUCUUCUUUAUGAAAGUAUUUAACACAUGUCACCCAAUUAUUCUCAUCUACUGUACACAAGAUGAAACAGUGCAGUGUGCAUCUCUUCAUCUCAUCAGUAACUCACUAAUUCCACUCUUGUUGGAUCAUCUCUCAAAGUGGCUUUACACCUCCACCUCACAAUGUUCAGAUCAAUGUAAUUAACAGAGCAGGUGUCACUACUAUGUUGCAUAAUUCUCACAUAAAAAAAUCUUGCAAUUUUCCUUAUACAUCUAAUGAAAAGAAUCCAAUUUUUGGAAGGGUAUUCAUUUCAUGUAACUAAAUCACUCUUAACUGACUCUAUAGACUUGGCUUUUACUUUAUCUUCUGCAUUGAUCAUAUCACUUGUGAUUUUUAUGGAAUAAAACACAUACGCCCAGUGUGGCACCAUGAAUGCAUGUAGCUGGUUAGUACAACAAAACAUCCAGCAGGUCCAGUUUCAUUAAGUGAACUUUUUUUUUUUUUUUUUUUUUUUUUUUUUUUCUCUCUCCAUCAUAGCAUGUAGUAUAGUGUAGUACAUGUAGGGCACAGUCUGCCACAUCACUUUUGUGGAGACUGUAGUUACCAUAAUGUUUGUGCCUCCUUAGCCAGAGUUCUUUCACAGACAUUUCAGUAAGAAGUGAGUAGCACAGUAGUAUACAGUGCUUUUCUGGACAGUAGAGUAACUUAUGAGUAACAAGAUACUGAAUUUAGAAUACAUAUUAAAAGUUGUUGCAUCAAGUAUUUAUAUUGUGUAUAUAGUUUUGUGCCAGAAAUGUUUAACUUAUAUUCUUAUUCAGAGAACCAUAUUCAGAAUGAGAAGUAAGGACAAAGACUGAAGGUAUAAAAAUUUUAUGAUUGAAUUGAUAGAGCAGAGAAUUUUAAAAGAAAUUCCCUUAUAUUCUUUAUAUUUGUGGUUAUGUUUUAUUGUUUUGAAGACUUGCCAAUUUUAUUGUAAUGUAAUCAAGAGAAAGCAAAGUGCCCAUCACUUUGUGUGGUAGCCAAACUUAUAACCACAUGAUUACCUCAUUGUUAUGAUGUAAGCAAUUGUUGAUAUUGUGAUAGUGCAGUCAGUGGGAGAAAAUAUUCCAUACAUAUUAAAAAAAAAUCCAUCUCUGCCUGAGACAUAAUGCUUUGAUAUCAACACAUGCUUGAAACACAGUGGUAAUAAUAAGAAUUGUUAUGAGAAGGUAGUUUAAAACUCUUACGUGGAAAGUACGUAUAGGGAAGCUAAUCUACAUUUAAUGUUUAGGAUUUAUUGUUUUCAGCAUUCAGUAAUGGACAAGCAAGUACUUUGAUCCUUUUGAAUGAUUAACAGAAAAUUUAAUUUAGUUUACAAACUCCAGUCAUUACAAAUGUUAGCUUCAAACUGGAGAAGGAAGUUAUCAAGUAGGAGCAAAUAAUGUCUUGAAGGUGCUUGUAUCCACAGGUUCUGAGGAGACAUUGCCUGAAAACCAUAUGAAAUUGAACUGUUAGGCAUAUAUAUAUACAGAUUAAGACGGACCACCAGAGGUCUAGAUUAAGCUGGUCAUCUUGAUUAAGACUGAGCACCAGAGAUCUAGAGGUCAUCUGUAACUGGAGAACUGGAGAAGGAAGAAGUUGCCAAGUAGGAGCAAAUAAUGUCUUGAAGGUGCUUGUAUCCACAGGUUCUGAGGAGACAUUGCCUGAAAACUACAUGAAUUUGAACUGUUAGGCAUAUAUAUACAGAUUAAGACUGACCACCAGAGGUCUAGAUUAAGCUGGUCAUCUUGAUUAAGACUGAGCACCAGAGGUCUAGAGGUCAUCUGUAAUCAUGAGCUUGAGAGGAGUGAUGGUGCUGCUGCUUGUUCCAGUGUAGUUGAAUCUAACAUAUGUAGAUGUUCAUACAAUUUUGUUGUAAAUUUCAAAGAAGGUUAUUGCUUAAGUAUAUAGUAUUGUGCUAACACUAAUCUUCUCUUUAUUAUGAUAUUAUUAUUAUUAUUAUUAUUAUUAUUAUUAUUAUUAUUAUUAUUAUUAUUAUUAUUAUUAUUAUUAUUCCACAAUUGGUGCAAGAGCCUUAGUCCAUGUGAUAUGUAAGAUGUUUUGAAACUAUAUAAAUUCUUGCAGAAGUAAUAAAAUUGCUAUUGCCACAGAAACCAGCACUCAUUUUGGGGUACACUAUAGUACACCUGUUGGAAUAUUUCACAUCUGCACAGCAUUUUCCAUUCCAGACAUUCAAACCAAACCAAUAAAAGUAUAUCAACAGACUAAUGCUGCAAAAACUGAUGAAAUGUCUCCAGUCCUAUUUUUGUUAAAUGUAUGUGUAAACUAAUUCCUAUUGACUCAACUGCAAGGGUAUGCCAUAUUGAUAAGUCUCUGGGAAUAGUUAGGUUUAGCAGUGAGUCUGAUUGUGCCUUAGUGGUGAGCAUUGGGCUGUGUCAAGGCUGGGAGAGCUGAGGGGGGCUGGCAGGACAGCUCCCCAGUAUUUUCCAGCAGGGGCUGAUACAAUGCUUUAUGUUCUCUGUAUUGUGUGCACUUGUUAUGUAUAUUUUUUGGAUACUGUAAGAAAAAGCUUGGGGAUUUUGUUACUUUCACUUUUUUUUUUUUUUGUAUUUUAAAUGGUCCAUGCACGUCCUUAGUCUAUUUUGAUAGAUUUGUUCCUGAUUGAAGAGUUUAAGCUGUUAAAUUUUUGCGUCAGAGGAAAUCUAAAUAAACUGUUGAAUAUAC